UGUUUCCCGCCACCAGAAAUCGGCUGAAAGUCGGCAAAGUGUGUUGUGCGGAUUUUUCGCUCUCGGUCUCUCGCGCACUAUCGAAGUGAGUCGAAGCUACAUCUGAUCCCCCUUCAAAGUUUUCGGUACAUUCAUUGAAUUCGAUUGAAUGUCAGAAAAAAGUGUGUUUAACUAAAGAAAAACAAAACAUUAACCCGCUAAUCGGAGAGUGUAAUCGCGUGUGAUAGCCUGCAGUGAGAAAACAAUCCCGUGAUUCAUAUUGUUGGCUGGGAAAAGUGGGAAUCUGUGUGUGCGAUUUGGUUCGGUGUCGACGGAAGGAUAUCUACGCCACCAAAUUCUGGAAGCAGCAGUGCGCGGAUCACCGCGCAAAAACAAGAGAUAACCAAACGAAGGUUAAGAAUUCACAGGAAACUAUUUGUGCGAAAUUCCAGGGCCGGGUCAUUCGUCGGUGUAAACACGGAGCUGAAAUUUGUAGCUGUUGAGAACGCGUAUCGUGUUGGAGGUUUCGUGCGACAUGCCACACAUCACCGGUGAAUGGAGCGGGUGAGUGUGCGGGGGAGUGAGUAAAGUGCAAACAUUUAAGUAGAAGGUGUGUUUUGUGGCUCUUUGGGUUCGAUUGCAUCCACGAUCCUCCGUCCUUGUGGAGCUCCCACCCACCUCUAGUGGGGGACCAUCCGCAGCGGCAGCAGCAGACCUGCCUUCUGCUCUGUUGCUCUCGUGAUAUCAGCUGCUAGUUCUAGCGAAAUUACAGUGCGAGGGGGCGGGUGUGUGUUUGAAAUUACCUCAGCUCCGAGAAGUGAGGAGAGUAGAAGGUCCUGUUAUUUGGGAUAGAAACAAAAGAAGCAAUAAUAACAUCAGCUGCACGAAAAAAAUCAAUCGCCAAAAUAAAAUAACAAUAACAACACUAGCAAGGCCUGAGGUGAAAAAAUGACAGUGUCAUUCAGAAGUGUAUUUGUUGCGUGAAAAUUGAAAUUGCUGUAUGCUGCUCUAGCGAAAAAUCGACCAAAGUGAAUAAAUGCCUAAAGUGAAUUUUUCUAUUUUAUAAAGAAUGUCAACUCCAAUUGCGUAAGCUAGAGGCCUUGCCCGAAUUGAAGGCAAUCAAAAAGGGAUUCUGGAAAGUUAAGUAAAUAUCAAAUUGUUUAUAUUGAAGCUCGCACCGCAAGUCGCGAGCCGGUAUGUGCUGAAUGUUGCUGUUGUGAAUUUGUGGACAGCUGUCAGCAGUAUAAGGUAGUGGUGUUUGGAGAAUACCUAUUGAAGAUUUGAAGGCGUUGUUUUUCGUUUGAAGCAGUAGUAGCAACAACGAAAAAAGUGAUUACUGCGCCACCGCGUCUUACAGCGCAAACGCAAAUUCAUACAACUUGUUGUGAGUGUUGGCGCAGGUUGCAACCAGUACCUGGGUGUGAACAACCGUUAUCAUGUCCGUGGACGUUUGGUGUAAAUCGGAAGAUAAUAUGCAGGAUAUUAUCGUUGAAGAUGACGCCAUGAGAUUCUGCCGUGUCAGUUCGGAAGAAGGCGGUGGAGGAGGUGAGGGUGGCGGCGGUGGUAGUAACAGUUCGGCCCCUCGCAGCAACAUCACCAUGGACAAGGACGAGAAACGGAUGCGACGGGAAAUCGCAAAUAGUAACGAGAGAAGACGCAUGCAAAGUAUAAACGCCGGCUUCCAGAGUCUUCGACAGAUGCUGCCACAUCAUGAGGGUGAAAAAUUGAGCAAGGCUGCAAUCCUCCAGCAGACAGCCGAGUACAUCUACGCCCUGGAGCAGGAAAAAACGCGCCUUCUAUCGCAAAACUGUCAGCUGAAGCGAUUGCUCGAUCAGCAAGAUCAUAACGGGGCGGUAGCAGCUGCUGAGCUCCAGCAGGCCACAACCCAAACAGCAACGGCAGCCACCACCGUGCUGACAGCAACAGCGGCAGUAGCUAGCACUCCAACGGUGGCCGUUACUCCCGCGACAACAACGACAACCGCGGUGACGAUUCAAGCGCCGACGGGACAAGGAGUGGCCCAGGUGGCUACUGUUGCCAAGAAGCGCAAGAUCGACGCCAUUAUGACCGUCCAGCCGGUGUCGGAUUCAUCCGACGAGGGGCUGGGUUCGAUGUCGCCAGAGCCGGUUAGUCUCAUGCAGGUCGUGAAUAACGCUACCGGACAAACCAUUAUGGCAACCGCAGUUAACGGUCGGGCGUGUGCCACCUUCAACGUUUCAGCAAAAGACUACCUGGACAUGAAACAUCAGUUGGAAAUCGAACGACGGCAAAAAACAGUCAUCGAGGAGAGAUUGAAAGCCUUAGAGCGACAAAUAUAUCCGGCUAGAGUUCUCUACCAGGAUCAUCCAGAUAUCAACGAUGCGAAGGAAACAUACGAGGAAAUAACUGUGUCCACCAUCCAGAAGCCAACCACUGCGAAAAUCGGUAAAGAAAUAGAGAGUGUUCAAUUGAUUGAGCUGGAUUCGGUAGUACCGGGGAAGAAACAACUGGUAGUCUGUACAACGGAAGGAAUCGAGGAAAUUAUUCCGUCUACCACCGUUAAACCUGUAGUUGUUCCUUUGAAAGAAGAGAAAGUGUUUGUCAAACGAUCACGAUCGCGUUCACCAACGAUUGAAACCAUUGUGACACUGCCACCGAAGAAAAACCGUUAUCCAACUAUUCUGGAGGCAGCCAUCAAAGCAGAACCGAAGGUUGAAGUAGAACGCAUCGAUUCCCCCUCCUCGAUUGUCGUGACCGACGAUCACCUUACGCAUUUAACCAGUAGCAGUAAGUUGGUAACAUCGCAACAACAGCAAGCAGCUUCCCGUAUCAACACAUGUCGUCAUAAUUUGGAGACGAUAGUCGAAGCCAUUCGACACUUGGAGGGUGAUGCGUUCGAUGCGGUUGUUCCUGGUGGGCAAGCCACCGGUCAGACUCUCCAAAAUCCUCGCCACGUAGUGCAGGAAGUUCCUCUGGCACUAACCACCUCCAGCAAGCAGAAGGAACGCGAUCAUCGCCAAAGUCAGUUGGAACCAUUUCUAAAGUUUCGAACGGCACCUGCCGUCGCUGGUACCUGUUCCUCCUCACUUUCCUCCGUUACCUCCUCGUCGAUUGCUACUGCCAGUGCAUCCCCGAACGCAAGUAGCGCAAGCAACAAUCCUGCGCUCGUUUCAGUGUCCAUCACUCCAAACAACGUAGUCUGCAGCAGUCCUUCCCAUUCGUCCUCAGUGUCCGCUCAACAGACUGCCUCGCAGAUUCUUCAGCAGCACCAGCAGUGCCGACCGGGUGUGAUUGUGGUUAAGCAAAACUCAUGAUCUAGUAACAUCAACGCUUCAUCUCUAUCAGUAGCAUCAUUAUCAUCAUCAUCAUCGUCGUCAUCGUCGCCAGCAGCAGCUACUGCAUCUGGCUCAGCAGUCGGAACAAUUGUGAUUAACAAUGGCAAGCAAGUGAAAAUUGUCAGCUGCAAAGGCGCUAACAAUUCUAAUGGUAACAUCGUUGUCGGUGGAGUAGGAACAGGAGGAAUAGUGGGAGGUGGUACCUCUAACGUAAUCAUCAAAUACCAUCAUCAUCAUCAUCAACAACACCAGCACCUGGUGACGAGCCACGAAGAUAAGCAACAGUCCGGCAGAUAAGAUUCGCGCGCAAAUUUCAAACGGAGGCACGCGUAUUAUAAGACGGUAGAAAUCUUUUUUGUUGAUUAUUUUAUACGCAGUUUUUGCGCUUCUAUAACAAUUACAUUUUGAACGUGUUUCCCUUUGUUAUCCCAGUUCCUUACAAAUGUUCUCCAUUUUCUCCCCGGGAUUUCGCGUACGCCAAGUUGUGAUUUUAUAGCAAUCCAUAUAUUUUCAUAUUUCUCACUAGAGCAUAGAAGACUUUUUUUUAUAUUUACGAAUCAUUUUUAUUACACACUGGAGAUCAGCAAAGAAAAGCAAUCCAGAAUUGAUAGUUUUAGUCGAAAUAGCCUGACAAACGUCUACGUAUAUGCUUAGAUUUCGACGUUCGUUGCGCGACGAAGUAGAGACGUUUGACGAGAUGAAAAAAACGGUUACUUAGUAUCCAAGCAGCUUAGCCAUGUUGCUUAAAUGACCGGCGAAAUCGAUUCACCUAGUUUGUACAUUUUAUAAAAUGAAUACACAAAGAAAAUACAAACUCAAAAAUUUAAGCUAUUACAAUAAAAACCGAUCACAAAAAUCAACUCGCAACAAAGCGAAACACAGUAGGGAAGACACGUGUCUUUUACAUGGAGAACGCCAGCAGACGACUGCUUUUCUUCUAGAUUAUGUUAUUUUUUUAAACGGAACAAUUUUCUGUUCUAGCAUUUUUCAUAAGUAUAUAUAAUAUAAUACAAUAAUAACAAAUGUCAUACAGUGCAACAGAGUAUGUUGAGCGAAUCAAGCAAGAUGUUUUGUGCCUCGGUACAUACCAAUUAUAUACUUAGAGAGAUAAAGAAGGACGCAGGAUGACGGUAGGUGAAAUGGUGUUACAUGUCGGGAAGUACUAAUUAAGGUAACAGCAGUAGGUUAGAGUGUAUAGAAACAGCGUUAUUGAGUGCAGCAUACAAUACAAAGUUCUACAGAAGAAAAAUAAAACAGUUUGCGCGUUGAUGAACAAUGAAAAAGGUAAAUCAGUACACUGGUCAAAACCAUAAUACUAGUAGUAAUUCAUAACAUAAUCCGUAGAAAGGCGGUCGUUUCAUUUUUUUAUGGUAGGUGUUCUUUUGGAUGCCGGUGGAACACAUUUACUUCGGUGAACGGUUAGGUGCGUGAACGUUUUGGUCUUUACGCUUUAACUGUUGUAGAUAGCUCGACGUUUUCUUUUCAGUUAAAAUAAUCUGUUAAUUGGCAAUAGGCUCUGAACCAAAAGUUGAAAUAUACUUUAUUUAAAAAAAAUGAUCAUGGUCGGUCACCAAUAGAGUUCUGUAGAACUCUAGUCUUUUGCACAUGUAUAGUUACAGGAAUCAUCUUUGGCAUCAGAAAUUAGUGUUAUAAAAUGUUUAAUUUGUUCAUCAAACCAUAAAACCUGUCGAGGCAACAGUAAAGUAUUAGCGUCUUCGAACCUCAACGAACGUUCAAACUGCAGCGUACCCCAUCUCAUUUGAGACCUUGAAAUGAUCGCUGAUCGAUGCGAAAAGAAAAAAGCGUUAUCCCCAAUUCCCGUUGCACACAAAUCCUCAACUAGCAUCUUAGCCAAUCGUUGUAGCAAACAUCUGACAUGCAGGCAUACAAAACUGAUUAUCAAAAAUUUAUUUUCCACAGGAGUGGAAGUGCUAAACUCGGGAAACCCUUUAAAAAAUGGUUUUCCACCGUAUUGGUAGGAAAAAGUAAGCAUGUAAGCAAACAUUCGUACCCGCCCCCACGACGCGUGGCCCGGCAGGUACUUUCGAAUCUAAUUCGGCUUCCCCCAUCAGAGAUACGAUCAUCGUUUUAAACAAAGUAAAAAAAGUCCCUAAUUAGUUUUUUAUAGUAUAAUUAUCUUCGGUUAUAAGCUUUCUUGUUUAAGUGGAAGAAUGAUUUUUAGAUCAUUGUUUGGUGUAGGCAUAAUUGGAAGCAUUCUUCCGCUUUGCUGGAGUAGGAUGAAAAAAUGAAAUAAAAAUAACGAUAUUGAUUGGCGAUCAUUGAAAAAGGACGUAAUGUUUUCUUUUUCUACGUUUGUUAGAUUCAACGGAACAAUUCGAUUUUCUAACUAAGCAAAAUAGUUUCUUUAUGGUAGAAGAUUAGCGCAUAUAGAUUAAGGAUAUUUUUUGUACAACACAUACAUGGUGGAGAGAGACAAAGCUUGUGCAUAAUCUAAUGCGAAUACGUGCACAAAAUCAGUUCGACGUUAGUGUUAGGGUGGCGACUUAGUAAAUCAAUUAUAUGAUUUAUUUGCAUUUAUGUCUGUGCACGUAACAGAUGAAACAGAAAGUAAAGCUUAAAAAUAAUGACAAGUGUAUAUUUAAGUAUUUAAAGAAAGGAACAUUAAUAUAAAAGUGGAAAAAAACUAAAUAUAUUUCAGAAUAUAACUCGAAUCUCUUUAUCGAUAAACAUAAUAAUUAAUACUAUUAUUAUUACGACUAUUACCAACAUGCAAGUACAUUUACGAGUUCAGAAUUAAAAUACAAUUACAAGGUGAAGCAAAAAAUAAAUAAAUGUAUUGAAUUGAUUUUUGUAUUCCUCAAACUAUACAUAUACACGUUGAUUCAAACAUGAGGAGUUGUUGAAAAUCUUUCUAAUUGAAAAUCAAACCCACACACACACACAUAAAUAUACCACAAGUAUGUAAGUAAUGUCUACAACUUAAAGAGCAAAGCAACAUUUUAGCGAAAAUCAGUCUUCACAAUGCCCGUAUGUUGCGAGAAAACAACAGAAAAUGUCCACAUGCAAACAAAUAAAUACAUAAUACGCGCGAUGAUGUUCUGUAGGCGUCAAUAAAAACUAGGGAAAGCGUGCUCAGUAAGAUGAUUAUUGUCAUCAAACGGAAAGCGAAAUCGUAAUAUUAAUAAUAAUAAUGUUAUCAAAUAUUAUGGUUUAUAUUGAGUAUCAGAGGAAACCGGUAAAAAAUAUCAUUUAUCGCUAAGCGUCGAUGCAAUGGGAAGUAUAUGUUUCGGCUGACCCAAUUGCGGUUAUGGAAUGUACCUAUUCACUACUCAGAAAGGCAUUUGAAAGAUUGUAUCAACGCACAAAAAUACAUUCACGCGUUAAGAGACGUCACGUGUAUUAGAAGGAAAUCACGCUGCUAUGAUCCCAUAAAUUCUCUUCGAAAUAUAUUGCAAUCUAAAUGAAACCCAAUCGAAAGGUUUUCAGCAGUAAGUAAACACGAUAAUAAAAUACAUAAUAAUAUUGUCUUUGGUUUUGCAAAGCUAUAGCAUGAAAGUAACAGAAACCUAUUCCAAAAUCGUCAGAGAGGGAAAGUCAUAAACGAUAAGACAUAUUAUUAACAUUACUACGGGCUAACGCAAAAAAAAACAGUUCGUCGCCAACGCGAAGAAGAGUACAGAAACGUGAAUACUGCCCAUAAAAUGCCUGAAAUCAUAUUGUCCUGAACCAGUUUUACCGAGUAAACAGUUGUGAGGUGUCAAAUUUUGCGAAAGUUGGCAAAAGCAUGCGGGUGAUGUAAAAAAAACAAACAAACAAACAAACAAGUAAACACAUAUUAAGAAAAUCAAAAGAUAAGAUAUGUCAAACUAAAAUUAAAUUCCAAAUUGUCUUCUCAAUCGUAACUUGAGCAUCCCGAUUUCCCUCUUUUUCGUCUUCUUAAUCUCGCAGAAAAAGAAUGGAAUUAAUUCUGGCCUGUAUAGGAACAUUCAGAGAACAAACACAAAGCAAAGCAAACUAAUACAAACUCGAAAUUCUAAGUUCAAAAUUAAUCCAAAUUGAAUGCAAGAGUAAACUGUCUUAGAAAUAAGUAAUAUUCAAAAGCUAAACGUUAUUGAUUUCCUUUCAAAACAUCUUCGCUGGAAAAAGCUCUGGAAAAUGGGAGAAAGAAACGAUAACGAAAAAAGCAGUUCAGCUUAAAGUCAAAUUUAAUUUCUGUGAAAUUGUGCUAAACAUUAUUUCUUUUAUUUAAAAAAGCUUACCUGCGACAUUUUUGGCAUCCGAGUAUAAUCAUGUAUACAAAAAAAAACACUUUCUUUCCCCAGAACAGAAAGAACAAACGUUUUGGCUCUAAAAGUUAAUUUUUGGUUUGACAUACCACAUAAAAGAAAUAGACAAAAAUGUCAUAAGCUUGAGAGAAAAAGAUGUCUACAAACUAUUAAUGCUAAGAAUUAUUAUCAACAUUUACCUACACACAUACACACGCAGACAAGCACACAGUGCGCAGAGAAAAAUAGGAAAAUAUAGAGUGUGGAAAGAUGAACCAUUCUUGCCGCUGUAUAUGAAAAUAUAACUACAUUUUCUAACUACAUAAAAUAGUCAACUAACAUUCACUGACCGGUGGUGAAGUGCUGAAUUUGAAAAACCUGUUGAAAGAAGUCGAGAAAAGCCUUGCAAUGGAAACGAAACAUUGCCACUGACAAGCGUAAGGGUUUUUCCGAAAGAGUCCGAAGUUUGAACCAUAAUUCCAUAGACAGACUGAAAAUGAAAACAAAAAGGCGAUGCAAUCGCUUCUUAUUCUUUCGAACUAUUUGCCUCAUUUUCCUCUAAGUUAUCCCUGCACUAUUCUUUCUAUCAAUCAGAUUUGAGUGCAAAUCUUCCACAAAUAUUUAACUAGACUUAUGUUUCCUUAUUUGCUGUGAAUUCGCUCCUAUUCUUCAAAUGUCCGAUUUGUAUUAAUAUAGAACGUCGUUUUUACUUUGAUGCAUAGCUAGGCUCAGAAUAGCAAAACUAUAACCAGCGGUGGCUAAAAAACAAUGAGAAUAUUUUAAUAUCAUCAAAAUUUGCGUCAAACUAACUCAAAGCUAAAAUCGUAUCUUCUAACACCUAGCAUUCAAACUACCACGACGGGAAUGGUGAAUGGGAUUCGAUUCGAAUGAAAAUGUAGACAUAUGUAAGAAAUCUAAAAAAAAAGAAUGCAGCAGAGAAUAGUGCAGUUCAUUGCGCAUUGCAUCUGCAUCACAACAGGCAGCAUAUUUUAUACACGGUGGGACCAUUACGUUUCUUAUUGGCAUUCGGUUUGCAGAUUUCUCUCAACUCUCAUCGUGAAAUUUUGUAGCUGUAGAGCGCGUACGACAGAUAUAUGACAAACUUUACUCAAUUUAUAUUUUCCUCUCAUUUUAUUCACUCCCCCCACAACUCACAUAUUCAACAAUUUCGCUUUUCGAAUCCAUCGCAUUUUGUAAUGCAACAGUAAACAUAAGUUAUAAUACUAAGGGUGAAGAUUUACGUUAUUUGUAUAUUGUGUAUAAAUAUAAGCAACAAAAACAUUGUUCCUUUAUUGACGAGAAAUACAAACACAUGCGAGAGAAAGAGAAAUUUAUUUGAAGCAAAACAUGAAAAAAAACCAAAAUCAACGUGAGGAAAAAAACGAAAAAGUGAACUAAUUGUACAUUUAAAUUGCUUUAAUUAAAUAAUUGAUGGUCGAAAGAAACAACUAUCGGUCAAAAUAUACCACGGAUUGCGAAAUAGUUUUUUUUAUAAUUUUGCUAUAUUUUAUGUUUUAGAUUUAGGUUCUUUUUAAUUAUUUUAUUGUAACAACAAUAUUUUGGAAUGUUUCUUGAGAAAAGAGAAAUAUAGAUGCUUAAGAGUAUGUUUA